AUUAACCUUAGAACUCAUCUCCGUCCAUCCACCGGCUGAGGAUCUGCCUUUUCAUUAUCUCAAGCCGUUUGGGGAUUUCUUGAUUGGAUUGGAGAGACAGGAAUUGUCAAUGGUUGGGACACCAAUUCAUCUUCUUCUUCUUCUUCUUCUUCUUCGAACUGAUGCAAUUGGGUAGGCAUCACGAAGAAACCAAUAGGGUCUAACACAGCCAACGCCAACGCCAACAGCUGCCAAAUGGAGUUUCAGGGGGCUUCUGGAUGCUCCUCUCGACAAAGGGUUCGACCCCACAGCAGUAAAAGACGGAUACAAGUACACAACAAUGGCGGUUUCAGGAAGCCUGUUUGUUUCUCACUCCAAUAAUCACUUCUCCUUCGGUUAAUGCAAGAUUUCAACCUCUCCAGGUUUUUUUGGGUAAAAGCUACUGGAAAUUGUGUGUGUGUGUGUGUGUGUGUGUUACGGUUUCAUAUGAACAGUUUCCUGGGUCAGGAUGGAGUGAUAGAACAUUUUAUCAUGAGGAGAAACAUAAAGUUGAAGAAUUUGCUGCUCACCUACUGUACAACAGUGGGCAUAAAGUAUGAGGAAACUCGUUUUUUCGUUGAUGGGUACUUCUUUAACCAUGAGAGAACCCCUAAUGAGCUUGGAAUGCAAGAUUAUGAACUCAUUGCUGCCAUGGGCGAGCAGCUUGGAGGUGGUGCUGGUGCCGCCUGAACAGUAGAAGCAAAUAUCAGAGUUAUCGUCAAUUGUCAAUUAAAACUGAAGUCUUAAUCUGUUGUUGUGGCUUGUAGUUCCCUUAAAAACUUGGUGACCUUGUUAAUCUUAUUCAGUUCAAAAUUUUAAUUUA